AUGGAACCAAUUACUGAUGUUAUUGACUUUAUUUCUUCAUUAUUGGAUUCUGGCAAAUACAAAGAAGCUCUUAUUGUGCCAAACGAACAAAAAUAUAUUGAUAGCUUUAAAGAUAAUUGUUGGGAUUUAAUUUCUGUCAUAAUAGGCAAAGUUGAAAAUGAUACCAUUAUUAUCAAACCUUCUUUAUAUGGUGCCUGUGAAGAAUUAUUGUACAUUAUUAUUGAAAAGUCCACACCUGAAGAAGCCUUAUUGGAAUUCAUUGAACAGAUUGAAGUUGCUAAAAAUGAUGCUCAGUUUGGUCUUAUUUUGGGACCGCUAAAACAGCUUCUUAUAAAGCUUUCUGUAAAGAGAGGAAGAUCAUUAGAAUGGUGCCUUAACUCCAUUAGUACAUAUAUAGAAAAUAUACCCAUUCCUGAACAUCAGUUGGAGGGUAAAGAGCGUUUAUUGUUGGAUUCAGAUAAUAACAUCAGAAGAAUAGUAAAAGUAUAUACAAUGUUGCCACAUUUUUAUGGCCCAUUUAUUACUGAGCUAACUGUAACAGGCAGUAGUAAUGACAGUAACAGAAAAACAAAACAGAUCAUAACUGCAUUUCUAGUCAGUUUACUUGGAAAACCCUUAAUAUAUAUUGAUUUAGAUCCUGAUACUAAUGCACAAAGUGAAGCACGGCAAUGUUGCAAUGCAAUCAUGAAUGAUAUAUGCAAACUGGAAAAGAAUGUCUUUCGAAUAUUGGGGUUAUUAGAAGAAUGCCAUAAAGAAAUUAUUAAAAAAGCAAAGUCUUACCAAAAUGCUAAUAACGAUGAAGAAGUUGACCCUUAUCAUCAUAGAGAGAAAAUAAACAUGACCACUCUUUCAGGCCUAGCUUAUGUUAUUUUUUCUGGUGAUUUUGAAUUUCCAGAUUUUACUAUUCCACAAGUAUAUAGUAUUGAGUUUAUUGUUUAUACCUUAUUGUUAUCAGUAAACUAUUUACUAAAUUUUGCUCAAUAUGGUCCUCUUGCUAAAGGAAUAACUCUUUGUAGAGCAGUGUUAAAUAGAUUGUCAGAUAAUAUUCCCCAUACAUUACUGUCAUCUUCAGUGCAUUUUGAAUUAUUAAAAGGUUUAUCUAAUGUAGCCAUAUACUCUGUAUAUGAGCCUUUACGUAAAAGUGCUGUUAAUUUGUGUGGAAUUCAUGUCAAUAAGUUUGGUUAUAAAGGCAGAUGCAUACUUAUAAAAUAUUUGAUUGAAACAACUAACCAUUCAGGAAUGAUUGGUUAUGCUAUUACUCUUUUCAAAAAUUCUAUUGAUCAAGCAUUCAAAGAUGCUCUUCUAGAUGACUGUUUCAGUGGAGCCCAAUUUGAAUCUAUGAUAAAAAAGAUCUGCUAUUUACCUCAUGGUGCUGAAUCAGAUUUGGUAGAAUUGGCAGAUCAAAUUAUAUCAUCCCUCAAUUUUCUGAGAUAUUUAUCCAUUAAAGAUAUUGAUAAUAGGACUGGAAUUAGAGAUUGUUAUCCUGUUAUUGAAAGAGAUUAUUUAGAUAAUUUGAGAACAGGUCUUAAUAUGUCAAAGGCUCAUUAUGAAGUGAAAUUGAAAGAUUUAGAAGAAGGGAAACAAAAUUCAGUAAAGAAAGUUGAUGUUUCUUUGACUGUAGGAGGAAAUGUGUUAGACAAGAUACCUAUUGAAAAUAAAAAGGAGAUCAUAAAUUCUGCUCUUAAUGUUUUUCAUUUGAUAGAAGGUCUUGUAGCUAGAUUAUCAGAAUGUGUAAACAUCAAUAAAAUGAAAGCACUAAGCAUGGAUUCAAUAAGGAAUGGACAUAAAUAUGUUUUGCCCCUUGCAUCAGUUCCUGUCAACAAAAGCCAAAGAGUUAUAAGAAAUUAUUGUCAAAGUAAACAAGACAAAGAAGCAAAAGAAAUACCUACUAAGUUACCAGUCACAAAUAUAUCAACUGAACAUGAAGAGCAACAAUAUGAAGAAAAUGUGAAAAAUCAUAUCUUAUUUAAAGCUCUGGAACAUGUAACAAAAACAGGUUGGUCUGUUGAGUCACUUAGUGCCGGUGCAGAAGCUGCAGGAUAUCCUGGAAUCACUCAUGGUUUAUUUCCUAAUGGAGGAGGAGACUUGGUUCAUUAUUUUAAUGUCAAAUGUAACGAAGAUUUAGUUACACAAAUGAAAAGUUGGCCUAAGGAAGAUUUGAAAGCAAACAGAGUGCCAUCCAAAUUCAUCGAGAAUGCAAUAUUGACCAGGCUUUUGAUGAUAGAACCAUACAAGAGCACCUGGCCUAAGGCAAUGGCUAUUCAAACCCUACCAAAUAAUGUAUCCAAUUGUUUAGCUACGUUACUUUCUUUAGUUGACGAUAUUUGCUAUCAUUCAGGAGACCGAAGUGUUGAUGUAGUCCUCAAUCACUUGCCGCUGGUACAACGGCACCCCAUGGUGGUGCAGGGCCUUUGUGAUGCAGCUGUAGGGGACCGUGUUAAAUGCACUCCCUAUAUCCAGUGAUAUAGCGAGUACACUCUCCCCCCUCCCCACCGCCUCUUCCGUCAACCUCUCGAGCUCCUGCACCGCGUCAUCGUCGUCGUCCGCGCGAUUUGGACAUAUCAAGCGAUAAAACAUUUUAGAGAUUGGAGCAUAAUUACCCCUAAAGGAGCAAAGUGCGAACAUUUUACGGUAUUGAUUUGAUUUUUUCAUUCUGUAUUCGUAAUAAUAAUGAGGAUUGUUUAAUAUAGAAACUAAAUCCUAAUACUUGUUAAUAUAGACGAAAAAUAAUAAAAACGAAAAUAAGAAAAUUGAUAAUAUUCUUCUUAGGCUUGUUGAAAAUAUAUCGAUGUAUCGAUAUAUCGAU